AGAUAUAUUCUGCUAUUGAUAAGAACAACCAGAAUGAAGCGGAGAAAAAUUGUCGUCGCUGCAGGCUUUUGUCUGUCGUUUUUUCUGGGCACGUUAAUGAAUUUGCUGUUCAUCCCUGGAUUCGAACACCACCAGAACCACAGAGACAGAGUGCAUCGCCACUAUUACGAAAAACAGCAGCGCGUCGCAGACGGUGCCCAGCUUCACGUUGGCGACUUGGCACCCGCUGUCGCCGAGACGAAAAGUGAGCCCACCGCCGGCGACCGUCAGGAAGACCUACAGUUACAAAUACGGGAAAGAUUUGAUGAAGUUCUUCGAUAUCGGCAGCGCCAGCCGCAUUGGACGGGUACUGGAGACGCCGUUCGACCGCUGGAGAGAAGACGACUCAUGGACCUUGAACCGCCGAACAAAUGGGAAUCAGAUAAGGGAAAUGAGAAACCCAACAGCCGUCACUCAGUUGCUCAAAACCAAAUGUCCGUAGCAGCAGCAGCAACAUCAACAAAAUCACACCAGGAUUUCGUCAGUAAACCAAUGCUUGGCUGUAGUAGUAUUGACAACGUGACCAAUGUUCAGUACCUCGGCUCCGGCUACACAAAGGCGGUGUACAAAGCGGCUUUGAACACCAGCUUUUCGGUUGCCCUGAAAUCAGUCGAUUUUGGAGGUCACGACAUGGAAAAUUGUGUGAAGAAAUAUGGUUCACCCGGAGACUGCUACAGACUUGCGUCCUUCAAAAUUAUCAAAGAAAUGACGUUGAUGGAAAGGCUUCAACAUCCAAACAUACUGAAGCUGUAUGGCUACUGCUACCAGGACAGUAAUGACAUAAAAGACACAGUGACGGCCAUUACGGAGCUGGGCAGCCCUCUGGAGAUGAUUCAGUUGCUGCAGACGCCCUGGGAGGAGAGGUUCAGGAUCUGUCUCAGCCUGGUCCGCUUGCUUCAUUAUCUGGCUCACUCUCCCCUGGGGUCUGUGACGUUGCUCGACUUUCGGCCGAGGCAGUUUGUGCUGGUUGGGGGGGAGUUAAAAGUGACAGACCUGGAUGACGCAAGCGUGGAGGAGACGCGCUGCUCCCCUUCCUCUCCUUCUGACUGCCACAUGGAGUUCCCUGCCCGAAACUUCACCCUCCCGUGCAACAGGGGGCGAUGUCAGGGCAUGAACGAAAAGAGGAACCUUUACAAUGCCUACAGGUUCUUUUUUACCUAUUUGCUGCCACACAGUGCACCUGCGUCCCUGAGACCACUGCUGGACAAGAUAGUCAACUCCACGGGAGAGCUAGUUUGGGACGCCAACGAUACAUUGAUCCAUCUGGAGAAAGUGUUGGAUAUGUACAAAAAUGGGCAUUACCUCCUGAACAACACCAAAACUCAAAAAACAGAGUACAAGCGUGUGGUGGACGCCUCCAUUCCCGGUGAAAACUACCGCUGCUGGCCAUCCUAUCAGCAUGAUGGAUGUAUGCUGUCCGUCUUCAAUAUCCACGAAGCCAUUGGUGUGUGUGAAAGCCACGCCCAGUGCAGAGCCUUUGUUAUGACCAAUCAAAGCACCUGGACAGGCCAUCAGCUUGUUCUCUUCAAAACGGGUUCAGCCAGCAUGAUCGCAGCCAAAGGAAGAUCUGCUUACCUGAGGUUGGGCAGCUGAAAGACAGACAGAAGGAACGAAAAAAGAAGAAUGAAAAAGAGAGGUCAGAGAGGAGAGAGCCUUGUUUCAAAAAGUCUCUUUUUGAAGGACACUCAGCGAUAUGGCCCAACCGCAAUGAAUGCUGGGAAGGACGGGUGAAAGAGAGACGGUCAGGCGGAAUUUUACUGGAACCGUCGCGAGGAAGUGAUUCAAAUGAAGGCCCGACCAAAGUGCAAUAAUACCAGAGCGAAGCUGAACUCGGGCGUUAGCCGCGCUAGCGACCUUUCUCCUCUGGGACUAUGAAUGUGACGGUGAAUGUGUGUUUUUCUUUCGGGGCAGACUGGAAGUCCUCGUUGGCUGGUGCUGAUGUGUUACAUUGUGACGAUGAAACACUUUAAUCAGCGUCAAUGUCUUAAGGGUUGAAGACAAAAAAAGGGUGUUAGAAUUGCUCUCUGUUGUUGAGCAUCCCUCACUUUUCUUCCCUC